AAACCAGCUAGACGGAUAGCGCCUAAUUUUAUACCAUUGGAAAAAGAUUCAAAAGAGGUUCUUUCAGAAGUUACUAUAGGAAUUUUAAAUACUUUGAGCAAUUCAUGGGAAAACCUAGCUUUUGGUUUUGAGUUUGUGGGUUCGUUUAAUGAGGGUACCUAUGUAAUAAAUGUUAUAGUACCAGCAAUUCAGAUCACAUUGAAAAGUCUUCCAUUUGGAAAGUCUUCGUUUAUUAACAC